AUAGGCAAAAUUGGUGCCAAUUGUUGAGCCAGAAGUGCUUCCCGAUGGAGACCAUGAUCUCGAGAGAUGCCAAAAGGUGUCCGAAAAGGUUUUGGCCGCCGUUUACAAGGCUUUGAGCGAUCAUAACGUGUUUCUGGAGGGAACUCUUCUGAAGCCAAAUAUGGUGACCGCCGGUCAGGCCUGUACUAAGAAGUAUACGCCACAAGACAUUGCGAAGGCCACUGUCACUGCAUUGCAGCGAACAGUUCCGGCCGCUGUUCCAGGCAUUGUCUUCCUAUCUGGUGGUCAAUCGGAAGAAGAGGCUUCAGUGCACUUGAAUGCAAUCAAUCAAUAUCAGGGAAAGAAACCGUGGACUCUGACCUUCAGCUACGGUCGUGCCCUUCAGGCCAGUGCUAUCAAAGCGUGGGGUGCGAAGACGGAGAAUAUCAAAGCGGGUCAGGCAGAGCUCCUUAAGAGAGCUAAAGCGAAUGCAUUGGCAUCACAAGCAAAAUACCAGAGCGGAUCCAUUUCCAGUACCCUUAGUGUCCAAUACGUGACUAACAUUUUACCAGACAUUUCACUGGCUAAUAGCGAAUCAUCUUUGGGUAAAUACGGGGGCGGUUUGGUUGGCGCGGCGGCUGCCGAAGAUCUGUUUGUCAAGAAUCACGCUUAUUAGACAUGCUAUACAUGUUGUACACCUAUUAGUCCAUUAGAUAUGAGUCUAUUGUCUCUCUUUAUUUUAAACGAUUAGGUCUUAUGUUAAUCUCAAACUUAAAUAUCAAUCAAUUUUAAAAUGAUUAACGCAUUUAAUUUUUAAAAUUGUGUGCAUUUUAUGAAUUAAUGGCAAAUGGAAAUACAUUAUAAUCUCUAUUUACUAUAUAUAUUAUAAUAAAUCAAUGUUAUGUGAAUUUCUUCAAUCAAUAAAUUGCAAUAUUUUAGUCAAAUAUUAAUACAUUGUUAACAAUAUUUUAAUGAUUUAUAUUAUUAUUAUUAAUUAUAAAAAGUGGACAAAACGUUAAUAACUGUUUAGCACAAUAUUGUGAAUGACAUAACUGUCCACAAGAAUCGUGUAUUGAAUCGACAGCACAUACUAUUACAACGAAUAUACAGUAUAUUAAUAUCAAAACGUCUGACAUAUUUGGCUGUGAUUUGUCUACCAAUACCUUAUUAUUAAAUGUUUUUCAAUAAUUUCUUAUUAAUUGUUUCGUUAACUUUUGUGUGCAAUUUGUUG